AUGCUUACUUCAUCCUUCAUCAGCGAUGAAGAUAACUUUUCUCAGCGACUUGAGCAUAUAAAUAGGGAAAUGAAAGCUAUCAUGGACCGUACAGGAGUGGAACGAAGCCAACUUCUUAACAUGGAGGCGCGAGGCUCUGUGAUGAGGAAUUUGCACGACGGGUUUCGCAUUGGAGGUGUUUCCCACACCUCCUUUACGACUCCGCUUAACACAACACCACCUGUCUCUCUGCCUCCAGGUCCCACCUCAAGUCAUGAUAUUUCUGAGGAUAUAACGAUGAAACGAAUGAUUGAUGAGCGCGUCGGGGAACUCCGGGGGUCAUUUGCUCAAAUGCUGUCUGAUACAAUUAGCAGCUUGAACCUAAAUAUUCAGCAGCGUUUUGAUGAUGCUCAGAGGUCACGACUGGACUUUACGGAGUCCCUGCGAGAGACAGCUGACACCGCGAGGCGUAGCGUGAGUGAACUGCAAACUGCGUUUAGUCGGAUGAAACGUACAGUAGAUCGCCCUGUAGAAGAAUUGGCAAGGGAACUGCAAGAGCAUGUGUCACGGAGCAAUCAGGAAAAUACGCGCGUCCGUGACGCCAUAGCUUCCCUGGAAAAUGAGGCACGGGUGGAACGACAACGUGGGGAUCGGCGCAUAGAUGAACUCGUUCGCCGCCACCAUGACUUAGUGCGUAAUUCACUACUGGAGCUUGACGCGCACGUUGACGGGUUGCGCGAUGAGCUCCAGGCGAUGGUUCGACUGCAAAGCAAACAGGUGAUGGAGGAGUUGAGCUCAACACAGCAACAAGUUGCUCGUCUGCAUGGUGCGUUAGAGGCAAUGAAUGAUACCACUGUGCGUUGGGUGGCUGAGUUACGUGACUUAAUGGAGGAAAAUGCAAAGCGGCGUAGUGAGAUGCAGUCACUGAAAGGUGAAGUAGAUAACUUAGGUGCUCUUGUUAAGCAACUGAGUAACCAACUUACCACUAUCGCUAAAGGUAGUACCCCCAUUAGCGGUGAAGGCGGUCAUAACACCCCGUUGAGAAAAUCAAGUUCUGGUGUGGAAGGUGACGGGGCUUCGCCUGAAACUAUUAAAGCUUUGAAGUACACUGUCAAUUGUCUUGCGAGUGAUAUGACACGUAUGGGCCGUCAGAUGGCGUAUAUGAAUGGUGCACUACAAAAAUUGUUUGCUUCCCACAACGCCGGCUCAUACGGCGGUGCCAACGGAAAUGGGAGGUUUCCCCCACCAGUUUCCGGUGCAUCACAUGGCAGGGUUGGGGAUCAUGGGUAUGGUGGCAGACCCACCUCCAUGAAUUCAAGUAAUUCCCCUCAGUUUCCCUUCCCUUACGGCGGAACCUCCGCUGGCACACGUGAAUUUCAGCACCCGCAUAUGAUGGGAAGCCGUAGUCUGUACAGUGGUGGACUUCCGGGGUUCGGGGCGGGGACAAAUAGUCCACCGGCAGUUCACGCAAGUACCACUGACGCAUCGCCCAUGUCAGCGUAUUCUCCCAGAAAUUGCUCCCCCUCCUACAGUAUGGGGGAGGCACAGCAGUCACCGCAACAACAAGAGCCUUCCCCGAUACCUGAGCAGUGUCGUGUUAACAACAGUGAGAGCGCAAGCCCAAAACACAGUGUUACCCAAAAUAAACAAACAUCUCCCGAUGAGGAUGAGCGGGCGCCGUCCUCAUCCUCUGCAUUUCGCUGUGGGGAAGUUGACUCACCCUUAAAUGUGGCGUCAACACACUCGCAGAACCAUUCAAGCUCGCAUCAUCGGGGGUCACCCAUUCAAGCCAAUACGACAUCGCCAGGUGUUCUCAGUGAGAAGUCACCUGCAGGACAAUCUACGCCACCUGAUUCGUAUGUGAGUUCACGGAAUAGUGUGGUGUUGGAUAGGAGGGAAAGCAGGCAGUAUAAUCCUGCACCAACCAGUGAUCUUGAGAGUGAGCUGGACAAUAAGAAAAUCGCUCGCUUAGCGCUAGACUAG